UAUAUGCAUUCCAUAAAUGCCUCUCGAAGGCUAAACCCGAAGAACAGGUGUUUUCAUAAAGCCCAGUUUUUUUCUCUCGGUACACAACGCCCUCUGACUGACUGGCUUAUCACAUGGGUGAAACGGCAAGAAAAGUGUGCCCAUGUCUUGAGGCAUUAUGGACACGAAUGUUUGGGAAAUCAGCUGACAGUGGAGACAGUUCCAGUAAGGAGGAAGACGGAUUAGAUGCCAGAACUAUUGAUAACCCGAUGACAAGCACCUCGCGUUACACGUCGCACUCUUUCAAUGGAGUCUCUCGACCAAGCCAUGGUCCAGAAAGCGGCAUUUACCGGGCUCUUUGGUCUUUUGAAGCGCGGGCAGAAGAUGAGCUGUCUUUCAAUGGGGGUGAUCUAUUCAAAGUAAUUAAUCGCAAAGGCGAGUGGUGGACUGCCCAAAAAAUUGACAGGAAUGGACGCACACUGGCAACGGGCAUUGUGCCAUAUAACUACCUAGCCAGUGGAGAGACCGAUGACGCUCAGCCGUGGUUUUACGGGAAGAUGAGCCGCGUUGAUGCCCUCAGUCAUCUCAUGUCACCCAACAACAGUGAGGGCACUUUCCUCAUUCGGCUCAGUGAGGCUUGCAAUGGAGGCCACGUACUUUCAGUCAAGGUAGACAACCGUGCAAAGCACUUCAAGAUCUACCAAACAAACGGGAAGUUCCAUUUGGACCCUUCUAGAAGCUUCUCCACUCUGCAGGACCUGGUAGAGCAUUACAAGACCCACUGCCUGGCUGCAGUGGACUGUCUGGGCCAGGCCUGCAUUAGGAAAGAGCCCACGCCUCAGGACCUGUCCCACUCCACUGUGGACGAGUGGGAGCUGCCAAAGGAGGAGUUCACCUUGGAGCACCGGCUGGGUGUGGGCUUCUUUGCCGAGGUCUACCGGGGCAAGUGGAAGAACCGCAUCAGUGUCGCCAUCAAGAUCCUCAAGAACAAUGAGUAUUUGAACCAGCAGGAGUUCCAUCAGGAGGUGCAGAUUUUGAAGAAGCUCAGGCACAGGCACCUCAUCUCCCUCUUCGCCAUCUGCACCUCCUCAGAGCCCUUCUACAUCAUCACUGAGUUCAUGGAGAAGGGCAACCUGCUGGACUUCCUCAGAGGUCCAGAGGGGAGGGCACUUGACCAGGUGUGUCUGGUCGACAUGGCCGCUCAGGUGGCUGACGGGAUGUCCUACCUGGAAUUGCAGAACAGUAUCCACAGGGACUUAGCGGCACGCAACGUCCUGGUGGGAGAAAACUACAUCUGCAAAGUGGCCGACUUUGGCCUGGCUCGGAUCAUCAAGGAACCAUUCUACGUGUCAGAAAACAAGAAGAUCCCCUAUAAGUGGUGUGCCCCAGAGGCUAUCAGCUACGGACGUUUCUCCAGCAAAUCUGACAUCUGGUCUUUUGGUAUCCUCCUUCAUGAGAUUAUGUCCUAUGGUGGAGUGCCUUAUCCAGGAUAUCAAACCAAUGAAGUUUAUGAUCACGUCAUGAAAGGUUAUCGGAUGCCUCAGCCCGUGAAAUGCCCCAAGUACAUCUAUGACAUCAUGCUUUCCUGCUGGAGUGCCAACCCAGAUGAUCGACCAAGUUUUAAAGACCUGAAGCCUGACCUUGAGAACGUCAACCGCUACGAACUGGCAUGAGCGCACUAAAAAAGACUUGAGAUGCUAUGUCAACUUAACACCACAAGGGGGCAACAAAGGAACACACUGGAAUAGGGAAGUUCAUAAUCUACUGUGAAGGAAAAGCUUCAGCCACCCCUCUUAGUUUGAAACAGAGUUCCACUCUAGCUGAUGUGAUACCAUAGCAUGCAUCUGUAUUUCAUGUUGUAGUUACGUUGGUUUGAGAAGUUUCUCCUUCCUGAUGUACAAAGGAAAACAAAGAGAUGUGCUCCAUUAUAUUGAGGAAGUUUUGAAGGGCUAAUGCUGUGUGAAAGUGUUCCAGUGUUCCAGUAUUUACCUUCUCAAACUGUUUCAGAUGCCUUAUGGGCAGUGAAAUGCCUCAGAGGUAAAUCUCCUACACAUAUCUGAAUAAUAUCUGAGCCUAUCUGAGUUUGUUUUCCAUAAUCAAGACCACUGUUUGGGUUUAACUAAUAUGCAGUAUUUGGUUCAACAACUUUUACAAUGCCAUGAAGUUAAUUGUCCUUGCCUGUGGCACAUUUGACAUAAUCCAGGUCUUGAGACAGUCUGACUGUCUUGAGACAGUCUGACAGUGCUAGUUAUUGCCACUGGGGGCACAUGGAGAACAGUAAACACAUUAUUGUGUGACAGAUGUCAAUUAGUAUUGUGUGUGGAGCUGUACACCACUGUACAUCUGUUUAUACAUCCUUAGGAUACUGUCUGUCAGGUCACAUUUAUUUGUUAGGCAGGCUAUGACAAGUUAUGACAGCUAGUUCAACACAUUUGCAUGUAAUAACGCAAGCGAUGAAAUAAGGCCCAUUUGUUUUAUGGGGUAGAACUAUUCUGCAGGGAACCAGUAUAGUGCAUUUUGACCAACAUAACAUUAGCUAUUGAAAAUAAAAAAAAUAGCAUUUGUACAAAAUCAGUUGCAUGGAUGUACUAAAGAUAGGGAGAAACUGCUUUAAUGAUGUGCAGGUGAUAAGUGAUAGGAUAAUGUGGAGUUUGAACAAACAGUUUUGAGAACUUUAAUUCUGAGAAAUCUGAGAUAUGUGCCAAAGCAACUGAGAAAAACUGUAAUACUGUAUGUAUCUUUUCAUCAAAAUAAUCCACAUACUCAGGUUAUGUAAAUAAUUUAAAUUAAAAAUGUUUUGUAUCAGCCUA